CCAAAAGACCAUUCUGCUCUUACAUCUUCGCCUUAUUUCUUCUCGUAACCCUUCGCCGGAUACCGUAAGGUCCUUCUCGCUUGUUCCCCCCGCGGUUACUCUCGCCCUCGAAACCCUAGCUGCGGUCUCGCUUCGAGCUUGCUCGCGACGGAUGGCGACCGGGCGGCGCUUUUGAAUCGUAUCGAGGGGAGGAGCAGGGAAUGGACGGCGGAGCGGCCGAGCCGAUCGAGGAGGUCGGGGAGAGCUCGUCGCCUUCGAGGGGGGCCGGAGCUCAGGCGGCGUAUGACAUCAAGAACGAAAUCUACGAGAGGCUUGUAGCGAGCGGGUACGAGGAGGCGCGGUCGAAUCCCUACUUCAAGGAGCACUUCGAUGCCCAUUUCAACCGGUUGCCGGCUAGCUACAAGCUGGAUUUGGAUGUUGAAAGAGCAGAAGAUGUUCUGAUACAUAAAAAAAUUCUGGAAGAAGCCAAGGACCCAGACAAGCGGCCAGUUUUCCAUGUUCGUUUCCUGAAGCUAGAGGAACAGAAUUUGGACAUGAUAAUGGACAGUGACGACACUGAAGACGAAUCUGAGUUUGGAGAUGCUCUUUCCGCAAGGCGUGAUGUUACAUGUGUCGUGGUUCAUGAAAUUAUCUUUUCCACAAUCGACAAACCAAAGCUACUUAGUGAGCUUUCCACAUUGCUGUCUGAAAUUGGACUCAAUAUCCGGGAGGCUCAUGUCUUUUCAACAACAGAUGGAUAUUCUUUGGAUGUAUUUGUUGUUGAUGGAUGGUCUGAAGAGCAAACAGAUGAUUUGCACAAGGAGAUUGAGACAGCACUUAAUAGAAAUGAGGGUUCCUGGUCAGAUUCAUCUCAUUCUUCAGAUACAGAGAGGAUGCUUGCUGUGCAGUUGAAAGCUGAUGAGUGGGAAAUUGACAGAAGAUUGUUGAAAAUGGGAGAGAAAAUUACAUCUGGAUCCUGUGGAGAACUGUACCAUGGCAGCUACUUGGAUCAGGAUGUUGCGAUUAAAGCUAUUAGAUCUGAUCAUUUAAAUGAACCUCUUCUCCUAGAGUUCCAUCAGGAAGUGUCCAUUUUAAAGAAAAUCCAACAUGAAAAUGUUGUUCGUUUUAUUGGUGCAUGCACAAAGCCCUCACAGUUUUGCAUAGUAACAGAGUACAUGCAUGGAGGAAACCUGUAUGACUAUUUGCAUAAGCAUCAUAACAUCCUUGAGCUCUCUAUGUUGCUGAGGUUUGCGAUUGAUGUUUGCAAGGGAAUGGACUAUUUACAUCAAAAUGACAUUAUUCAUAGAGAUCUAAAGACAGCCAACCUCCUUAUGGAUAGCAAUCUUGUUGUGAAAGUGGCAGACUUUGGUGUUGCUCGAAUUCUGAAUCAAGGAGGAAUUAUGACAGCAGAAACUGGAACAUAUAGAUGGAUGGCACCUGAGGUCAUAAAUCAUCAACCAUAUGAUCAGAAAGCAGAUGUAUUCAGUUUUGCGAUUGUGCUCUGGGAGCUCGCAACAUCAAAGAUCCCAUAUGAGUCCAUGUCGCCUCUGCAAGCUGCCCUAGGAGUGAGGCAGGGGCUUCGUCCUGUGCUUCCCCAGAAAACACAUCCUACAUUGCUGGACUUGAUGCAGAGAUGCUGGGAGGCAAAUCCUGCUAAACGGCCUACAUUCUCAGAAAUUACUGUUGAACUCGAGGAACUUCUCCGACAGGUUCAGGAACCUAGAGCAAUCAAACACUCAGGAAAACAUGCCUCAAAAGGAUCUGAGCAACAAGUCUUCCUGGAAAAUUGAUGGUACUGACAACAAUUAAUGGGUCCAUAGCCACAGAAAUCGGUUCUGUAGAAUGAUUCAGUAGUAACUCUCUUUGAACAUCUUGCCUUUGCUUUGUUGACAUUCUAGGUUUGUAUUGGAAAGGCAGGUCAAGCCUUAAUUUAUGUCCUUUUAGUUAACAGAUGCUGUUGGCCACCGUGGAUAUUCCUCUACAUCUCCAUCUGAACCAAGAGGUAAUUAAUCCAUGGAGCAACAAGGGCAAAGGCUGUGUUCCUUUUGUAGAGGAUUGUAAAUGGGUGGUUCAGCCACCCAAUUUAUGUGAUUUGCACUAACAGAACUGCCGUGGUCACGGUUAGGGAUUCGGUCUUCGUUUUGUUUCGAGAAGGCCAAAGUAAUCUUGCAUUGUCAAUGUUCUAUUGUUCUGUUUUAACAGGCGGUCUACUUUGGCCUUUCAUUUUAAGCACUGGUGGAUAGUCCAACAAUGAGGAAAGAUGUACUUUCCCGGAAAAUUCAGGUGCGCACUAAAAUUAACGCCGGCGUGAGGCUGCUCUCCUGUCCGUCAGAAGCGGAGCAAAGUGGUCACACAAAUGCUUGCCUGGGUGUUUAUGAUCUUGACUCGGAUUGUAUGGGUUGAUUAUAGAAGGCUUGCAUGGAGAUCUUUUACACACUGCUAAAGCCGACGGCAGUUACGAACUCUCGUGCUACUUCAGCCAACGGAGCAGAGGUAUCGAUCAAUGUUGGUCCUAACUGGCUCAGGUCCUAACGACUACUGAUGAAGGUCAGAAUGCUGUCUACCGGUCUCUCUCCACCGGGCAGAAGAUUCAACCUCCCUUAUUUGGUAGAUCUCCAACAAAGGGUUGGUGAAGGUGGCAGGGUGAUUUGAGAAGGUCAAUUCCUAGUUGUAUUAAGAAUUCGAUGUUUAUUUCUCCUAGGCAAAGGGAAUGGAAAUUUCUGUACUCGAGAAGGUCAACUUUUGGUUGUUGCCGGUCCGAGAGAGUAUAUAUAUGUGACAUUAGAGUGUGAUUUCUAUACAGUAAGUACUAUUCGGGUUUCA